UGAUUUAGAAAUAAUCAGAAAAACGGUUCUAACAACAAAAGAAUCGACACGAAAGAAAGCGAUAUUGUCUACUUAAAUAAUCAGUAGGAGAUUACCAAUAGAAUGCCGACUGAACCACGAAUUAUACAUACAGAAAAGAUAAUAUCCGCAAAACGCUUUCAAAUAGCAAUACGAUUUUAAAUACUUUCGUUUUAUGACUAUUUGUUGAACAUUGUGCAUUACAUAGGCAAUUGAUGAUAAAACUUAACACGAACUAUUUUAUAUUACUUAUAAGAGAUUUUUUCCGUAACUCACGCAGAACGGAUACGGUUUUCUGCCUUAACAAUCACACGAUUGGUUUUAGAUUUCAUAGAUUUUUCCAACUUUUUAAUAUGUUACACGUGUACAUGUCUCUUUGUUUGUACAGGAUAUAAAUGUAUUCUGUACUGGUGCGUGCAUUAUUCAAAGUUUUCUGGACAUGAGCGAUAAGCUAGCGUUAGUGUGAAUUAUUUUUAUUGAUAAUCAAUUCGUUGACGACGAUUAAAAGCCUGCAGGAUGUUUGUGCUUGUAUAUAUCAUCUCAAUUUAGAGUUUUGUUCCUUGUUUAAUCAUCGCAUAUCAUUAACUGGCGGUUUAUGACGACCCAAUUUUAAUCUUUCUAAGCCACUUUUGUUGUAUAUACAGGCGGAGUGAGUUCGUAUUUAAACAGCACUGGGAGACACGAGGAAAAGAGACGCUACGAAAAUAUAUACAACACAUGUAAAUGUCAAAGAGGCCAUCUCAGUAAGUUACAGAUUCAUGAUUUGCGUGUGUUGAACAUUUGCGUAAAAUAAAGUAAUUAGAGAUUAUGCUAUAUUUUACGCAAGAUCAUUGAAGGAUCAUAUUACAAUUUGUCUACGGAAUCUACUUCAAUGUAAAUAUUAUGAAGGCGAAGUCAUUUACGGAAAAGAGAAAAAUUAAAACUGAAGGUACGGAAAACAUUGAAAAAAGUGAACUAGCAAUGAAGAGAAGGAGAAAGCACAGGGCGGGAAAAUAUUCUAUUAAUGAAGAAGUAAAUGUUGCAGAUGCUGAAGAUUAUAUUGUUACUUCUAUUGAAGAUGGAGAGACAGUAUUAGAUGUACAGUGCGGAACAAAUAAGGCUACAUUAACACUUGACAGAUUGUGGCAAGGAAGUAAAGGUCCGUGUAUAAAUUUUCAAGGUUCAUGGUUGACACCAAAUGAGUUUCAAUAUGUCAGCGGGAGGGAAACGGCAAAAGACUGGAAACGUUCAAUCCGACACCAAGGAAAAAGCAUUAAAUUACUUCUUUCAAAGGGUUAUAUAAAAGUUACAACAGACAGCGUUAACAAUGAAUCCAAGACUGUACAAUGCAAUGAGGUCAAAAAGAAACGACGAGGAAAGGGGAGACGAAGAAAAGCAAAAUCGGUGGUCAACCAGCCAGUGCUUGUUGACAUUCCUGGUCAUCUGAAUGGAAUACAUAUCAGCGAAAAUGACAAAGAUAAGAAACAUGAUCUAGGGAAGGAUGUGGAAUCUAAGGUCAGUCAAGACUAUACCGACGAGAGUCAUGACGGUAAUGAAACAGACGAAACAAUAGAAAAUUAUUACUCGGAAAACGAGUUCCAAAAAGAAAAUGCGAAUGCAACGAAAGCGAAAGAUUCCGGCAGCGAAAAAAGUAUUAACAGUUUCUUCACAGAAAACGAACAGGAUGAAAAUAUUAUCACUGAUUUUAAUCAAAAUAAGGAGUCCGAAGAUGAAGAUUGUGAAGACAGCGAAAAAUCUUCAGGCAAAAUAGACAACCGAUAUAGAGAUAGUGGUUACAGCGAUCAGACAAAAUCCGAAUUUCAAUUGACAGAAAACGCAGGAAAAGAUAGUACAAGAAAACUACGUGAAUCAAAUGUUGACGCUGAUAUUCCUGAUAUUAACCAUCACACUGAUUUGUCUGAGAAACAACACGGAGAACUACAGGAACAGUUUGUCCUUUGUGAAGGUGCUCGGAGCAUAUCGAAAACACUUAUGGAAUCUAGUCACGAGGACAGCCAUGUUACAGGUCAAAAAGCAGAAAAGAAUAUAACAGAAGAGCUUUCUCUUUGCAAAGACAGAGUGCAAAGUCCCCAACAAAGUAUGGAUUGUGAUAGCGAUGUCAUGCCGGAUGUUGUAUGUGAACAGCCAGCAGAUAUAGCAGGUCCAACGCCUAUCGACCAGGAUACAUACAGUACAGAUGACGAAGACCCACCAACGCUAGAACCACAAAUCAUUGGGUUUCAUACUGAAAAGAAGAUCAUUCCAGCUUCGCCAUCUGAAUCACUGACUCCAUGUCAUGUUGAAACGGGCUUUGACAGCUCUGUCGACGAUACAGAAGUCCCAUGUUCCAAGAAAAUUGUAUUGUCGUUACCUUUGAAGAAUGUUUGCCAAAUGUCAAGACAGGAUUCAGACACCAAGAUGACAUUUCAAGAACCACAACAACACACUAGCUUCACAAAAGACCAUAACCAAGAACUACCGCAACAAACUAGCUUCACAAAAGAUUAUCACCAAGAAUCAAAGGAAUGCAACGAUCGUGCACAUGAACCUAAAGAAGGCGUCGAGAAGGCAACGGACCCCGAACAGUUCUCUGAUAAUUCUCAAAAAACUAUUGAUUCCGUUGUUAGUGUUAACACUGUCAGCAAAGAUAUUAGAAAUGCGUUGAAUUCCACUUCUACUAAAAUACCGAACAAACGAAAGCGAAAACGGUCAUCAAAACAUGUGAAGAAAGUCGACACAAUAUUACACAACAUUCCAACAAUAACAGGACCAAAAAUCGAUUCUCAAAACGAUACUGACAAUAACUUUUGCCAACAGAAAAAUAAAACAGAUAAAAUAUUAAAUAAGGAAAUGUCAAAAGAUUGCGACAGAAAGUCAAAAGAUAACAUUUUUUUCUGUCAACAAGAUUAUACUGUCGAACAUAAAAUUAAAUCUAAUUCACUAAACAAAGAACCAACAGUUAUCAAAGAAGAAACGUCGAUGAAGAUACCAAUCACAAAUAUGGACAACAUAUCGAAUUCACGUAUUGAUACAUCUAGAAAUAUGAACCAGAUCAACAAAGAUCCCAAUUUAAAGUUAAAGAUUUCUACAAAAGAUGAUAAAAAAUCACUGAUAAAUUUGUCAGCUACCGUUCCUCGAAUGAAUGGUGACACCAGAACGAGAUCACCACUUCAAAAUAGCUAUGACGACUAUAUGCGAAGACUUGAGGCGUCACACUCUUCUACAUCGUGGAAUCCAUACUUCCCGUUUUUUCAAUUACCGAGACAUUUAGAAGGAAUGAGUAUACCAACUUCAUCUUUUAUGUCUCCAUAUCCACCAUUGCUUGGAACUGCAAGAAAACAAGACCUUGAAUCAUAUCCACGAAGUCUGAUAACUCCAACUUCGUCUCCAAUGCUGUCUCCUUAUAUUGCAACAUCUCCGCCAUCAUUUGAUAUUCCAAAGUUACCAACUGUGCCUAAUAUGUGGAAUGGAAAGGAUUCGUUUCCCGACACCAAAUAUUUCCAUGGAAAAUCAAUCGAUUCAAAAUGUACAUCAUCGUCAACAGAUACAACAUCAUCUUGUCUAACCAUAAAACCAGCUCAUUCAGUUAUGCCUGACUCAUUGUGUUCUAAUAUGAAACGUAAUUCUGAUGAAUGGGAUACACCGCUUGAUCUUUCUAUGAAAAAGACAAAAUAUCACCAUAUUAAAAAUUCCACUUUUACCGAUCUUAACAAAAAUAAAAUCACAAACUUUAAAUACAAUAGAAACGACCGGGUAAACACUCCAGAUACUGUUUCUAAACAUAAAAAGUUGAAAAAUGUAUGGAUUAAUAAAACAGACAAUGAAAAGCAAAAACUAAGUAUUCCAGAGAAAUGCUCCUGCUUUAAAGACAACUUAGAACAUUGGAGCGUCGAUCAAGUCUACAGUUUUAUCAAACGUCUGGAUGGAUGCAGCCCAUAUUCCGAGAAAUUCAGACAACACAACGUUACCGGCAUGUCACUUCAGUUUUUGUCCACAGACCACAUGACCAGAGGCAUGGGGAUGAAAGUUGGACCAGCUAUUGUUCUGAGUGACGCUAUUACCCGAGAAGUGCAGAACAGCAGGAAACGUUCGAUGUCAUGUUACCACUGUAAUUCGAAAUUACUCAGGGAUGACCAUAAACUGUUUGUUUAAGUAAACUUGUACUGUAUAGUGUAUUAUAGAUAUAAAAUUGAACAGUGCUAUACGCCAUGCAAAUUUGAAGAUUACGUGAAGUGUUCAGAUCUCUUUUCAAAAAUGAUGCAUGACUAUCUAAUAAAUCGAAAAAAAAAUAUAUUCGUCCAUUUCUGUUCCUUCAUUUCAUGACAAAAAAAUGUAUGGUUACUACUUCUUUUUGUCACUAGGGGUUAAAUAAAAACGUUGAUGUAACACAAUGUGUGUGUGACGUGCAUUGAAACUGAUUUGAUACAGGUCAAAUUGUGCUCUAACACAUAGCACACAAUGGAACAGACUUCUUGCUUUGUAGCACAGAAAUCAAGACGACAGUUUGAUUGUGUGUUUUUUAACCCCUAUGAUAUCUAGAAAUUUAGGAAAUGAGAGAUGUUUGUGCACACGAAAAAUUGGAUUGACCCUACCACAUUUUGUGGCUGUACCAAGUGUUGUUCAGUGUGAUUCUCGUUGUUUGUUUGUCUGUUUUUCGGAGAAAUUUGACAUUGGUGGUUGAUGUGGUCUGUUGUGCUGCGCCGUAUUUUUGGCGAUUCAUGUUUUCAAUUUUAUGCAUUUUAUUAUUAAGAUUUUAUAAGUAAUCUGUUUAUAAAAUGUCUUUGUUAAAACAUUCAAUUUAUUAAAAUGAAUGUCAUUAAG